GCUUCUAGCUACAGAAUGGGCAUCUCCACUGUGGCAGACAUUGUGCCAGAUGUGUCCAAGGCCAUUUGGGACAGCCUGGUGGAUGAAUUUCUGCCUGUACCAAAGGUUGCUGAUUGGCAAGAGAUUGCUCUGGGCUUCCAAGAGAGGUGGAACUUCCCCAACUGUGUGGGAGCAAUAGAUGGGAAACAUGUGGUAAUCCAGGCACCACAUAAUUCAGGUUCCCAGUAUUUCAACUACAAGGGAACAUACUCUGUUGUACUUCUGGCAGUUGUGGAUGCAAGGUAUCUUUUUAGGGUGGUGGAUGUUGGAGCUUUUGGCCGGAAAAGUGAUGGAGGGACCCUUGCUGCUUCCACCUUUGGAGAAGCCCUGCGAGAAGAGAAGCUGCAUCUCCCAGAAGAUGCUCCCCUUCCAGGCGCCAAUCACCUGGGGCCCAUGCCUCAUGUCUUUGUGGGAGAUGAGGCUUUCCCCCUUAGGAGGAAUGUGCUGAGGCCAUAUCCUGGAAGAAACCUCUCCCAAUCAAAGAGGAUCUUCAACUACCGCCUAUCAAGAGCGAGACGAGUAGUUGAGAAUGCCUUUGGGAUUCUUGCUGCACAGUGGAGAAUCUACCACCGGGUGAUUGGAGUGAGCCCUGAAAAUGUGGAGGCUGUUGUGAAAGCUACAGUCGCCCUUCACAACUUCCAGAGGUGGAACUCCACAGCUGAAAAUCCUGUCCCACUGGAAGAACGUGACAUCCCUGCACUUCAACAAGCAAGGAGAGCGGGCGCCAACAACGCCACCCAAGAGGCUGUAGCUGUCCGGGAGUCAUUCAACAGUUACUUCUCCUCCGCCGUUGGUGAAGUGCCCUGGCAAUACAACGUAGCCUGA